CUCUUCAACCAUUUCCACUUGUCAUCGCAUGGCAGGCCAACCGAGAUCGCGCACCACACAAACCACAUAUCUACAAAUUCCCUCAAAUAAUCUUCUUCGCUACAAAGGUCACCAAUUUUCUCUCUCUUCUCCAUAAAAUUUUGUCAUUAUCCAAUCGCCAUGACCGCCAUUGCUACUGCUGCAGCUCUAUCUCUUCCAAUAUCUCUAUCUCGAUCAUCUAAAUUGAGCACCAAAAAGGGUGUUAGAGGAGGGUUUGUGGUGUUUGCCAUAGCAACAAGUGGGGAGGGAGGUGGAUUGGGGGACAAGAAAACCUCAUGGAACACUUUAUUUGAUGUGGAAGAUCCCAGGUCUAAAUUUCCACAGUGUAAAGGAAAGUUCUUGGAUGUAAAUCAAGCAUUUGAAGUGGCUAGAUAUGAUAUACAAUAUUGUGAUUGGCGAGCAAGACAAGAUCUUCUUACUAUCAUGCUCCUACAUGAAAAGGUUGUUGAUGUUUUAAACCCUUUAGCCCGUGACUACAAAUCCAUUGGAACCAUGAAGAAGGAUCUAGCAGAGUUGCAAGAAGAGCUAGCCGAAGCACAUAAACAGAUGCAUAUAUCAGAAGAAAGGGUUAGUGCGACUUUAGAUAAGCUAGCAUACAUGGAAACUUUGGUGAAUGAUAGACUUUUACUAGACAGAAACACCAUAACAACAACAGAGAGCAUAAACUCAUCUCCUAGCACUUCAAAACCACCUCCAGAAACUAUCGAAAGGAAAACAACAAAACGAAAAGGUCUAAAUGUGUCUGGUCCAGUGCCAUCUUAUCAUCCCAACUUAAAGAACUUCUGGUACCCUGUUGCUUUCUCUAAGGACCUCAAGGAGGACACUUUGAUGCCAAUUGACUGCUUUGAAGAACCUUGGGUAUUAUUUCGUGGGAAGGAUGGGAAACCAGGAUGUAUAAAGAACACGUGUGCACAUAGAGCAUGUCCUCUUGACUUGGGCACUGUAAAUGAGGGUCGUGUCCAAUGUCCCUACCAUGGAUGGGAGUACUCUGCAGAUGGGAAGUGUGAAAAAAUGCCUUCAACAAAAUUUGUUAACGUGAAGAUAAAAUCACUUGAAUGUUUUGAGAAGGAGGGAAUGAUAUGGAUCUGGCCAGGUGAUGAACCUUCUGAACCCACAGUUCCUUCACUACUACCACCUCAAGGUUUCCAAAUACAUGCUGAGAUUGUGAUGGAACUACCAGUGGAACACGGACUACUUUUAGACAACCUUUUGGAUCUUGCACAUGCACCCUUCACCCACACUUCCACAUUUGCAAAAGGGUGGAGUGUUCCAAGUUUGGUUAAAUUUUUGACGCCUACAUCAGCGAUGGAAGGAUAUUGGGACCCGUAUCCAAUAGAUAUGGAAUUUCGUCCCCCGUGUAUGGUAUUAUCAACCAUUGGGAUUUCAAAACCUGGAAAAUUAGAGGGGCAAAGUACAAAGCAGUGUUCAACACAUCUUCAUCAGCUACAUGUAUGCCUACCAUCAUCAAGAAAGAAGACAAGGCUGUUAUACAGAAUGUCACUUGAUUUUGCUCCCAUCUUGCAAUACGUCCCUUUCAUGCACAUACUCUGGAGGCAUUUUGCAGAUAAGGUACUAAAUGAGGAUCUACGACUUGUACUUGGGCAACAAGAUAGAAUGAUAAGUGGUGAAAAUGUGUGGAACAUGCCUGUGUCUUAUGAUAAGCUAGGAAUAAGAUACCGGUUAUGGAGAAAAGCAGUGGAGGAUGGAGAUGCGUAAUUAAUUACCUCUUCACUAAAUAAAAAUGCAAAACUAAUUUUUCAUUUUUGGUUUUUAACUCCUUCACUCAUGAGUCAUGAAGAAGCAAGCAAUCCUGAGUCAUUGAAGAACACACAACUGUCAAAGAGUUUGAUGAGAUGAAAGAAAGAUGUUUUUUUUGUACAGAAUUUUUUUUACAUUCUUUUGAAAAAAAUUAUGGGGUCAUUGGUGAAAAUGGCGAGAGUGUUGUGUUUUCGAUGUUGUAGUUAUAUUGAAAUGGAAGGGUGUGAGUGAAGUUGUAUUUUGGUUUUUAUUUGUAGCUACAAAUACAAUUAGAAAUGGAAGUUAUUUGUACACAA